AUGGCGGUCGGGAACGGCCUCGGGGCGAAGGGAGCGGAGCCGCCGGAGCCGCUGGAGCUGCUGGAGCUGUGCGGAGCCUGCCGGGAGCGCCUGAGCCCCCAGCGGGAGCCGCGCUUGCUGCCCUGCCUGCACUCCGUGUGCCGGGACUGCCUCGGGGCCACGCCGGGAGCCGCCGGCAGCGACGGGCACGUGUUCGAGUGCCCCGUGUGCCACCAGCAGUGUCCCCUCGGUGACAUCAUGGAGAACUUCUUCCUGCAGGACGGUGGGGCUGGCACAGCCCUGGGCCAGGGCAGCGGGCAGCGUGUCCCUUGUCCCCAGACCUGCACCAACUGUGAGGACAACGCAGCAGCCACCAGCUUCUGCCUGGAGUGCGCGGAGCCGCUGUGUGACACCUGCGUGGAGGCCCACCAGAGGGUCAGGUACACCCGGGACCACAGCGUGCAGGCCUUGGGUGAGUCCCUGUCGCCCCCUGUCACCUCCUUGUCUCCGGGGCCGUGUCCGGGGCCGGGCCGUGUCCCGGGGCCGUGCCCGGCUCACCCCGCGGAGCCGCUCUCGCUCUUCUGCAGCACCUGUGACAGCCUCACCUGCCGGGCCUGUCACCUGGGCAGCCACCGGCACCACCCCUCGUUACGGGCGGGUGCUGAAGCACAGAGGGUGACCGAGGGCCGUCAGGAGCGCCUGGAGCGGCAGCACCGCGCGCUGAGCCGGGCGCAGCGGCAGCAGGAGCACGUCCUGCGCUUCGCAGCCCGGGCCCUCGACAGCCCCCACGGCACCGCCCUGCUGCUCUCCAGGAGGCUGAUCCACUCCCAGCUGCUCCGGGCUCUCCGUGUCACCGUGGAGCCCCUGGAGCCCCAGGGGGACCUGAAAUUCCAGUGGGACCUGCAGGCCUGGACCAAGAGUGCCGAGAGCUUCGGCACCAUCAUUUCGGAGCAUCCCCUCCCCCCCUCGCUGAGCCCCCCGCCCUUGCUGAGCCACCCCACGGCCGGCGCCCAGGACCCCUCCCCCGCCAGCCAGGUACUGAGGAAACCCAGGAGUUCCCCCAAGGAGGAGAAGUUCGUUAAGAAGCUGCUCAUUAAGAGGAGGGGUCCCCCCGGGGCCCAGGACAGUCCCCGGCUGCCCAAGGUGCCUCGGGUGAGCCUGGAGCGCCUGGAGCUGGACCUGGAGCUGGACCCGGCCCAGCCGCCCGUGUUCCGAAUCUUCCCGGGGCCCUCGGCCGAGGAGUUCAGCGUCAUCGUCAUCGAGCAGGGGACAGCGGGGACAGCGGGGACAGCGGAGGAGCAGCAGGAGUCUCCCAUUGGGGACACCGGGGACACCAAGCCCGUGGGGCUGCUGCCGCCUGCCCCGGGGGAGCCGGGCCCUGCCCUGGGCUCCUCCCCCGGCCCGGGGGUCCCGCUGGCCCCGGGGGGGCUCCCGGGGGUCCCGCCGGGGGUCCCGGGGGUCUCGUGCUGCCGCGUGUGCGGCCAGGCCGGGGCCGUGGUGAUGUGUGACCGCUGCCAGCGCUGCUUCCACCUGCACUGCCACCUGCCCGCCCUGCAGGACGUGCCCAGGUGCCAGGAGCUGCCCCCUCCCAGCCUGGACGGGGAUCAGGGCCCCCCCCUCAAACUGAGCCCCCAGGACCAGCAGAGGUGCGAGUUCGUGCUGCUGGAGCUGCUGUGCCACGAGCCCUGCCGGCCCCUGCAGCGCCUCUCCAGCUCCCCGGACGGCCGCGACGCCAUCGACCUGACGCUGAUGCGGGCGCGGCUGCAGGAGAAGCUGAGCCCCCACUACCGCAGCCCGCAGGAGUUUGCCCGCGAUGGUUGGCAGCUGCUGCGCCAGUUCCACCGCCUCACCGAGGACAAGGCGGAUGUGCAAUCCAUCCUGGAGCUGCAGCGAUUCCUCGAGAGCCGCCUCAGCGCCGUCUUCGGGGACCAGAAGUUCUCCAGGCUCCUGCUGGAUCCCGAGGAUGCCCUGGAGAUGUUCCCAGGGUCCUGAUCUCCCUUUCCUGGGGGGGUUGAAACCCCCUGUCAGGAUCCCAGU